AUGGGUGACUGGAGUUUCUUGGGGAACAUUUUAGAAGAAGUGAAUGAGCACUCCACAGUCAUCGGAAGAGUCUGGCUCACGGUGCUCUUCAUUUUUCGAAUCCUGAUUCUGGGAACAGCUGCCGAAUUUGUCUGGGGAGAUGAACAGUCAGACUUUGUAUGCAACACCCAGCAGCCUGGUUGUGAGAAUGUCUGCUACGAUGAGGCCUUCCCUAUCUCCCACAUCCGGCUCUGGGUCCUGCAGAUCAUCUUUGUCUCUACCCCUUCACUGGUGUACGUGGGGUAUGCUGUGCAUCAUGUGCGGAUGAUGGAGAAGAAGAGAGAGAGGGAGCGGGCAGAAAGGCAACAGCAAGCUGAGAUGGAUGAAGAGAGGCUACCCCUGGCCCCAGACCAAGAGAGCACCAGGAACACCAAUGAAAUCAAUCCCAAAGGGGGCAAGAAGUUCCGACUGGAGGGAACACUCCUGGGAACCUACAUUUGUCACAUCAUUUUCAAAGCCAUUUUCGAGGUGGGGUUCAUAGUGGGCCAGUACUUCUUGUAUGGCUUCCGAAUUCUGCCCCUGUACCGCUGUGGCCGGUGGCCCUGCCCCAACCUUGUGGACUGCUUUGUAUCCAGGCCCACUGAGAAGACAGUCUUCAUUAUGUUUAUGCUAGCUGUGGCCUCAGUAUCCCUCAUCCUCAACCUUGUGGAGAUCAGUUACUUGAUCUUGAAAAGGAUCCGCCUGGUUUUCAGGAGGCCAACAGAAGAACAACUGAGGGAGAUCCCAGAGAAGCCCCUCCACUCCAUUGCAGUCUCUUCUAUUCAGAAGGUCAAGGGCUACAAGCUGCUGGAGGAGGAGAAGCCAGUGUCCCACUAUUUACCUCUGACGGAAGUGGGGGUAGAAGCUGGUCCCCCUCCAUCUUCUUUCAAAGACUUGGAUGAGAAGCUUGGUAUGGGGCCCUUGGAAGACCUAUCCAGGGCCUUUGAUGAGAGGUUGCCAUCCUAUUCUCAAGCAGAAGAGCAGAAAGAGGAGAAGGUAGAAGCAGGGGAAGAGGAGCAGGAGCAAGAAGAAGAGGAGGAGCAGCAGGAACCAGAAGAAGAGCUGGAGACAGAGAAGGUGGUAGAGGAGCAGGAGCCACCAGGAGAGGAACUACCUUCAGUGCCUACUGAACUGACAGCUGAUACGAGACCUCCCAGCAGGCUAAGCAAAGCCAGCAGCCGGGCCAGGUCAGAUGAUUUGACUGUAUAA